AUGGAUGAACUCCUGAAAAGCAUAUGGACUGCUGAAGAAGCUCAGGCCAUGUCCAUGACUUCUUCUGCUGCUGCUACAGCCGUUGCGCAACCUUGUGGUGGUGGGAAUCUCCAGAGGCAAGGCUCGUCGACAUUGCCUAGAACGAUUAGUAGCAGCGGUGAGUCUAAUGCACCUCCUGGGAGACAACAGACUCUAGGGGAGAUGACGCUUGAGGAGUUUCUGUUUCGCGCUGGAGUUGUUAGAGAAGAUAACUGUUCUCAGCAGACGGGUCAGUUCAACAGGAACAAUAACAAUGGAGCUGCUGGGGGAUUAGGCUUUGAUUUUGGUUUUGAUUUUGCUGACCAAAAUCAAAACAACAUAUCAUUCAAUGGGUUUCACUGGGGUAACUCCAUUAACAAUAAUAAUGGAUUAGCCGGGGUCACUGUUGCAGCAACAUCUCCAGGGAUAAGUAGCGCAGAAAAUAACUCUCUGUCACCAGUUCCUUAUGUGCUUAACCGUGGAAGAAGCAAUACUUGUCUAGAGAAGGUUACCGAGAGGAGGCAAAGGAGGAUGAUCAAGAACAGGGAAUCAGCUGCUAGAUCGAGAGCUCGGAAGCAGGCGGCUAUUAAUCUAGCCAAACUGUUAGGUAGUGCUGAACGAGUUUUGUCGCGUCCCCAUUGUAGUUGUCGAUAUUGCAGGUUGUGCAAGAAGCCAUUCCCUUGCGUUUCUGAUAGCGUUUGA